AGAAACCUAAAAAACAACUCGACACAGAGCUCAAACAAUCUUCAGCUCAUACAUACAUACAUACGUCUCUCUCUAUAUAUGUAGAGAGAGAGAGAGAGAGAGAGUGUGUGUCGAGAGCGUGUAGAGAGAGAGGGGGAGAGAGUGUGUGAUGGAGCAUCAAGAACAAGAGCAAGAGCAUGAUGUGUACGGAGGAGAAAUACCCGAUGAAGGAGAGAUGGAUGCCGAUGUCGAGAUGUCUAGGGCUGAAGAGGAGGAAUCUAACUCCAAGGACUUGCAGGACAUGAAAAAGAGACUCAAGGAGAUAGAAGAAGAAGCAGGAGCCCUUCGCGAAAUGCAGGCCAAAGUCGAAAAAGAAAUGGGCGCCGUUCAAGACUCUUCUAGUGGUUCUGCUACUCAGGCUGAGAAGGAGGAGGUGGAUUCACGCUCCAUAUAUGUUGGUAAUGUAGACUAUGCAUGUACACCGGAGGAGGUUCAACAACACUUUCAGUCCUGUGGAACAGUCAACAGGGUCACAAUUUUGACAGACAAGUUUGGUCAGCCUAAAGGAUUUGCUUAUGUGGAGUUUGUGGAAGUUGAAGCUGUUCAGAAUGCUCUUCUGUUAAAUGAAUCAGAGUUGCAUGGUCGCCAGUUGAAGGUGUCUGCAAAACGAACUAACGUUCCUGGGAUGAAACAGUAUCGAGGAAGGCGUCCCAACCCAUAUUUUGGUUUUCCAUCCCGAAGGCCCUUCGUGCCUGGUCCACCUUUCUAUCCUGCAUAUGGAUAUGGAAGGGUUCCAAGGUUCAGGCGGCCAAUGCGGUACAGACCAUACUGAUGAUGGUGAAUCUUGCUCUAUUUGUGGCCGCGGCUGAGGAUCCGAUGUCUUGUUCAAGUAGUGGCCAACAGUCACAGAAGUUAGCUUAUUAUGAUCGUAUCAGUAUUUCUGUAACAUGGAGGAAUGGUGUUUUCAUAAGAACUUGUAUCAUCAUAUGCAUGCCAAAAAUGCAGAUUUUCAUUUUGUUUUUUCCUGUCCGAUGUUUUUAGCUUGUAGGAGUAAGGGAGUUUAAGUUCUUUGGUUUCUUGCAUUUACCUGCUUUGGAGAGAGAAAAAAAACGAAGAUGCAAAUAAACAAAAUAUUUGUAGUCAAAAUGAUUCUGAAAUGUUUAUGAAUUGGAAGUCCUUUUUUUAGGUGUUUUUUUUUUUUUGGUUGGUGGGCAAACUUGGUAGAUACUGUAGUAGCCUCUAGUGGGACUUGAACUGGAUGAGGACAAAGCAGCUCAUUGCCUUCCCAUCCAUCCGGAUGGUGUCUUCAGUGAUUCUGAAAUCUGAGAUUGGUAAUAUUAUGUUGGGUUAAUCACCUUUUUAGUCGCUCAAAA